AUGUCCGAAAAUUAUUAUUCCUUACUGGGAGUGACAUCGAACGCUUCACCAAACGAUAUAAAAAAAGCUUACAGAAAAUUGAUAUUAAAAUGGCAUCCGGACAAAAAUCAAAAAAACCAGGAACAAGCGAACAGAAUGUUUAAAGAGAUUACACAAGCCUACUUAGUGUUAUCUGACGAUAAUAAACGUAAAGUUUACGAUAACCCGUAUGUCGAAGACGAUGAUGUAAAUAGUGCAUCAGCAAACGGCCACAAACAUCAUCGACGACACCAUACAGACCGUGAUCACGAUGAUCUCUUCUACCGAAAUUUUGAGCGACCCAAUCAUUUUAGAUAUUCUUACUAUGACCUUGCAAAUAUGUCCAACGUGUUUUUCCACGAGUUAGACUUCAGUGGUUCAGAGGUCGAUCUGGACAAAUUGGACAAUAUGUUCACAAUAAUGCAUUGCCUUUAUGAUUUCGACGACUAUAGCCUAGACAGUGGCGCCAGUGGCGGCAGUGUGAAAAGGACAUGGACAUCAUCCACCCGGUUUGCAAAUGGGAAAAAAUUUACCAUCAAAAAAAUGUUUGAAGCCGGUAAAAGAAUAGUGGAAACGUAUGAGAACGAUACGCUCAAAUCGAAGACUGUCAACGGUUUGGCCCAAUUGAUCAGGCGCGAUACACAAUAA